AAAUGGGAGGAGCAGGGUUUAUAUAUUACAACACUAGUCGGCUUGGCUAUGCAAACUCGCCCCAGCCAAAAGCGUUUUGCCAGAUAAGCCCAUUGACAGGCUCGCCAAUCCGCUGGCAAGCAACAUAACCACACUAACCACAGAGGCACUGCGCGAAAUAGCGCCAACCAACCCCGCUUCCAUAGCCUUGGAGGGGGGUUACUCAAUGUACCAGUGCAUACCAAGCAGGGAUCAGGUGAGUUGCAUAGUCCACUCUUUGCCCCCUCCGGCGCAGCAGCUAGCGCUACCACUAUUCCCACCGUAGUGGGUAACUCGCAUGCGUUGCCAACAGCAGACUUGCCCAUUAUGGCCCCUGUAAAAGGUGCCCGUCCGCACGCCGGAGCACUUUUUUCCGUCUGAUGGCGACAGCGCUAUCUUAGUAGAAGACGAGACAGCGGACCUCGAUGCUCUGUCUGGACUCGCAAGCGCGAUACGCGGGGUCCUCAAAAGCCGAAUGCAACGCUCGACGGGCAACCUGGUCGUUGCUGUCAAAACACUUGAUGAGCAACACGUCCUUCGGUGUCAUUCCGUGUUUGUAAUACCAGCAAUGACGUGGGUUAUGCCGGACGACCCACGACUCGCCUAGGAAGCCGUCCUCCGUCAUCUCAGCGCCGACGAGAUCUGCAUCGGCAACAGUUGUUGAGUCUGCCACUGCAAUGGGGUCUUUGAGGAUGGGUUCAAUCGGCCGCCAGACAUUGAUGAUUUGAUACCGGCGCUUGACAAGCUCAUCGGCAUCGUUGGGCUUCUCGAAGCGUAGACGACGCUCUGCACCGUCGUAGGACUGAUCCACGUGCGUGCGAGUGACGGGCCCACGGUUGGCCAAGUUGUUAAAUCCGAGAUGGUGCCAUUGGGUUGGGCCCCGACGGACUUUGUGGUUGAAGAUGUGCACGUCGCGCGCGCCAGUAACAGACUUGAUCAGGUCCUCACACUCUUUGUAGUAGAGUUCCUCAAUGUGUUUAUCGUCUGUAAAUGCUUGCUCCUUGCUUUCAUGUUGGCAAUAUUGGAAGCCCUGGCCAUCGAGUGAGUAUUUCUCUUCGUCGCCGCUGACGUCGGUUACCACGAAAUCCCAUGGUUUGUGAGGCCGCUUGUUGGUGAUUCUUCCGUUGCCAAUGAUGAUGGGCGUGGGCUUGGAGCCAUCACCAGGGUCGUCCCAGUAGUUUAGCGUCGUUGCGACAUUGUGUUUUGUGGCUGUCAUUUCUGAGCGUUUGAAAUAAUUUUUUUUGAUUGAGUGAGGGGAAAAGAAAGCGAAGGUGAUGAUGUUGCGAAAACGGGCUGUCGUCUGCUGUAUGUUUAGGAUGGGAGAGAUCAAGCAAUGGUGUCGACAGGUAAACCGCAACUGCUACUCCCACUCUUCUGCUGUAUAAGUGGUGAACUGCACAAGGUCACCAAGGGUCACAAUUAAAAAUGGACAAAAGGACGGCUUACUCAUCCGCUUUUGCAAUUGGACAAAAAGCUCCAACCUUUCCGCCUACGACCCAGUUCUUAAUGAAGGAAAUGCACUGAAUUAGCGCAUCGUUUAUACUGCUCCGCCCCCCGCGUUGGCACCGCUCUAGUUGUACCUCUGUGGAUUCACAAACAACAACAGCGGGCCAAACGGUGAAACUGCAGUCAGAGAUGGAAGCGGACGGGUUUGUCGUGGUUCCGCGCCCUGGAGAGGCUCAGUGGCCUGAGGAGAAUGAACCGGAGCAUUUGCGCCACCUUUCGAAUAUAAUUGAUGGCCUCGCCGAGGAGCUGUGGCCGCUCAACUGUCUCAUACACGACAACCCAGAGCUGGCGUACAAAGAGUACAAGACUCAUGACGCACUGGUCAAGUUUAUGCGGACUCGCAAGGGAUGGGUCGUGACACCCUCUGCGUUUGGGCUGCCUACUGCAUGGAGGGCUGUUUACGAUACUGGCCGCCCGGGGCCAUCAGUGUCUUUUAAUGCUGAGAUGGACGCUCUAGCGAAUCUCGGACAUGCAUGUGGCCACAAUCUCAUAGCUAUGGCUUCAUUAGCAGCAGCUAUUGCAAGUGCUGAAAUCUUGCAAAGUAGCUCUCUCACAGGCAAAAUCACCAUUAUUGGCUCACCAGCAGAAGAGGGCGGCGCGGGAGGCAAAAUCAAGUUACUGCAAGCAGGCGCCUACGCGGACGCAGAUGUUUCUAUAAUAUCGCAUCCCGGUAUAAUCAACAAUAGUCCCAUGGUGCGGACCACAGCGUAUACUCACCUUGAUGUUGAGUACCACGGCCGGGCUGCGCAUGCGGCGAGAAGUCCGUGGCAAGGUGUCAACGCCUUGGAUGCGCUGGUGAUCGCCUACAACUCGAUUUCGGUGCUCAGGCAACAAACACGACCAGAUGAUGUCAUUGGCAUACAAAUUACAAAUGGUGGAAACCGGGCCAACAUCAUCCACAAGUACGCGGCUGGUGCUGUUUCGCUACGUGCUGUGACAGCACCACGCCUAGAGGAGCUCAAGAAGAAGGUGGAAGGGUGUUUCCGUGCUGGUGCUGAAGCUACAGGGGCGACAGUAGAAAUUACGGAAGUCCCUGGCUACUACGACCAUUUUCCGAAUCGCGUGCUUGCAAGGUCCUACCGUAAAUACUGGCUCGCGCUGCCUGAAGUUCCUGAACCAGCGCUCCCUCCCGAGGGUCAGUUUACAUUUGUCAAAGCUAGCACUGACCAGGGCAACUUGAGCUAUGCUCUGCCCAGUAUGAACGUGAGCUUUGCGAUUCCUCCUGGUCCCGAGCGCGGUCAGCCACACAGUCCCGAUUUUGAAAGGGCAUCACGGAAGCGGGGUGCGUUUGAUGCAGCAAUGAGAGUAGCCAAGGCCAUGGCUGGCACAGCGGUUGAUGUAUGUACGAUACCUGGAUUGCUAGACGACGUAAAGAAGCAAUGGAGACAAGAUAUGGGCAGAUAGUGUAAGAAUAAGUCAAUGCGAAACCGAAAGAAAUAAAAACGCCCCCUAUAUGCUACAUAUACUAUGCUAUUUGACUAAACAAGUGUGCUUCGGCGCCAGCAUCAGCGGCGAUGACCGCGGACACCAAUGCAGCGAGCGGUUGAUGCAAACGUCGGAUGAGAAAUGAUCGCGAAGCUGCUUGAGCGUUUUAAUCGUCAUGUCGCCGCUGAGCUUGACCACAGGUCGCACCAGCAGGGGCACCUUUCGCUUGAGGACCUCCAUGAACUCGGCGGAGGUGUCGACGCCACGCGAGAGAAACCCUUCCACCGUGUCGCAGAGGCUGUGCAGCUCAAUCUCGGGUCUUCUAGCCUUGAGCACUCCCGCCAGAAUAUUGCCGUGCUUCUCUACCUUCAAAGCUGGAGAAACAAGAGGCAAGCAUUGUGUUGCUUUGAGCGACGGGAUGUUUUUCAUGCGCACCAGGUCGGCCUCCAGAUUCUCCAGCAGACCGCUCGCAGCCGAGGUUAGUCCAUCAGGGCUACCGUGGAACUGGUUGGCGGCGCCAGCGAGCGCUUCGAAGCCUUGCCGGAGGUUUUGCAGUAUCGAUUUGGCUGUAGCGCCGUGAUCGGGCUCGUCUGCGUCUGCAUAUGCAAUGGCCACGAGCGAGAAGAUGGUGGCGGCGAACGCAUGGAAGCGCAUCGUGAUGCUGCUGCCGAUGCAACCAGAAUGGGUUGCGCAGAGCUGAUCUAAAUCGGAUACGGGUAAACUAUGUCUCGUGGUAAUGGUGUAAAUCAAGCCAAUGGAAUAGAUUUCUUAUUUCGAUAAAAAAAAAAGGUAAGCUUCUAGAAGUGUCUGUCUGUGAUGGAUGAUAGCCACGACU